ACCUACAUGCAGCUUUAGUGUCUCCUUCAGUCACCAUGAAAGUUCUGGGUUUGAUAGUUUUAGUCUCCACCAUAUUUAUGGUCGGGGCCAUCUUCGACGAAGGUAAUAUGUCACAAUUCAAUUGCACCAAGCCGUUCGAGAUCAUCUCAAGGGACAUGAACAAUCUUGCCUCAUACAUCCGCUGCCGCUUCUACAUCCCCCGUCGAGAGACAUGUCCCAAAGAACAGAUUCUGAGUCUUCGUGCUAAGCGAUGUGUGUACCCAUCACGUCUAGUCAAGCUGUGCGAUCCCAAAUACAAGUUCUACCCACCCAUGCCUAACUCGGUCCUGGGACGCAAUAAAGGUUAUAGCGGCGGAUAAUGAAAGUAAUUUUCAACCUUAACAUGGCCCGUCUAAAGAGAAGAACUUCUCCCAACUGUUGUUCUUUUGUACUCAUUAAAGAAUUGUGAUAUCUUCA